AUGAAAGUAAUUUGGGUUCUAUUCCUGGUAAUCCCGUCCAUUUUGUCGCUGUACGCUGAUGAUGCUCGACAGAGAAACUUUCAGUUGGAUCGUCGUAGAGUAUGUGACCUUUACUUGCGACAUGUUUUGUUUUCCUUUUCUUCAGUUCGUAUUUUACCCUUUUCCGAAAUACUGCUAAUAUAUAUGACAUACCUACAUAUAACUGUCAUUUUCUUGUUUUCAGAAUCCGUAUGCAGCACCGUAUGAAGAUGUAGAACGUGGUAUAGCUUCACGUAGCCAUUAUAAAGCGAAUCCUUAUCAAAUUGGUAAAAGACGACAUCCACGUAGCGUUGAAAAUAAGGAAAAUGACGCUUUAGACGGAUACGAUGGCCGAAGACCGUGAGUCUAAAAUUACCAUUGUUUUACUUUACAUUUCAAUUUAGAUUUAGAAACAUUACAUUAUGAACUUUACAACAAGUAUAAUACUGUUAUAUUAUUAUUAUGAAUUUGCAAAACUUAUGGUAACAUUGUCUUUUCAGUUUACAAGAAGCCGAUGACAUCGAUAUCGCCCAGAAUGAAGACGAUAUUGUACCUGAUCCAAACGAAUACACUCCAGAAGAUCUUCAAACAGAAGAACCACAAGUUAACGAUGGAGAAGAAGACCCACCACCAGAUGCUAAGGAAGAUACCGCACCAGAAGAUAAAGAAGACACCACCAUGUCGUCUGAAACAACUUCUAAACCCACAACAUCCACAAUUGUGACUACCACAACUGUGACAACGACUACAGUAACAACCACAGUAACUACUACCACAGUAACAACUACCGUAACAACUACAGUAACUACCACCGUCAGUACUACUACUACUACAACUACGGAGGCACCCACUACAACUAAAAAAGUCGAAGAGGAUCCCAUAACUGACGCUACAGUAGAAAACACGACUUUGGUAGAAAACAUAACAGAUGGUAUGUUAAUGCUAAUAUUACCUAAUGUAGUCGUUUCAUAAAAUUGUAAAAUUCCUCUCAAACUAGUAAGACUAUCAAAAUUGUAUCAAAAUGUAAUGUAACCUCAUUUCAGAUACCACGGACUUUGAUAUGGAGGAUGAAGACGAGACAGAUACCUCAACUAGUAGUAGUCAGGAAGAUACAACAGAGAAGUAAGUAAAACAAAACAACUUUUAAAAACAGUCACAAAAUAACAAAACUUACAUUACAGAAACAGUGACUCCACCAAGGUAUCGUGGGACAAGAUUCUGAUAGGUGUAGCCGGUGGCCUAGCCAUCCUCAACUUCAUCAUGUUGUUAUUGUGGGUCGCCUUCUGCGUCAAGAAGAGAAAGUUCAGGAAAACGCACAGCACCUCGUCCAGCAAGUCGACUACCCUCUCUACCUCACAGAAGAAACCCAGAAUGAGCUUCUUGAAAAGGAAAAACGGCAAAAGUCCGAAGUCUGCGACAACUUCUUCCAAGACCAAAACCUCCACCUCCAAUGUCUCUAGUGCUCGAACUAAGGCUGGAUGGGAUCCCACUAGAGUAAGUCCAUUCCAAAAUGUAAUAUAUGUAUACAACAAUGUACAGAACCAGCUUCGUCUCUAGGUGUUUCACAUAAUCUGUCAUGUCAUAGUAGAUUAAUAUGUAAAACAAAAUAAAAAACUUUACUUUCCUAUGUUUGAAAAUUAAAAUAAUUAUUUUUCUAGUUCAAAAAAUAACUUUUAUUUCAGAAGAAGCGUAAAUUCAACCAGGACGAGUACAGCCAUUAUUAUAACCCCUACUAUGACACUUGGCAACGAUCGACGAUGGAGAGAUACGACACUGUCUCCUUCACUGAAUAAGCCUAGAUUUAUAAAAUAAAUUGUAUUAUUGUAGCUUUGACUUCAUUAUUUGUGUUAUCAGUUAUUGUGCAGAUUUUUAUUGAUUUUAUGUUAUAUUCGAGUAGAUUCGAUUAUUAGAAGUCUUCUAGUCCAAACUCAAUAAAAAUCUAAAUUUUCUGUUAAAUUUUAAUAUUUUAAACUCAGUUUUGAGUAAGAUCAAGUCUUUAAUUUAAACGAACCUUUAACAUCGAAAACAUCUGAACUGCCCGAAACGAUGUUAUCUAUCUUGUGUUGUAAUUCUACCUCUUCGAAAUAUCGAUUGAAGACCAGAUCUUGUUGUAAAUCGCGAAGCCACAUCAUUAAAAGGCGUCAUUACCAUAAAAACCUGUCCUUUAGCCCCUUUCGACGGCAUUUGCAUCAGGUUCGUCUCGCAAUCAACGAAAAAAAGAAAAAGAAGCCGUUAAGCUUAGGUCCCACCGCGAAGACAAGAGGCCGCCAAAAAAGUUUACGAAGAAUUGUCCUUGCGAAUUAGCCGAACUUUUGCAUUUGGAUGCCAAAAUUGGCUCGAAUCGGGGAAUGGUGAAGCUGAAAAAAGAAAUGUUCUGUACAGUCAAAGGUAAAAGUUGUUUUAGUACUAUUUCGUGCUGUUUUGUGCUGCUAUAGUGCUAUUAACUAGUGUUUUACUAGUUUUUGUAAUUUUAGAUGUUUUAUACUCUGUUUUGACCUUAAAAAUUAAUAUUUUAUUGGAUAGGAUGUUGUUGGGGACGAGGAAUAUAAUUUUAUGUUCUCAUUUGCAUUUAACGGUUUGUUUGCAGCUUCGAAGAAGACGCCAGGAAAGAACGAUUCAGAGAUGGAGAAGCCUCCGAUCACAAAACGAUGGUGGGGCAUCAAGAAGAAGAAGGUCCUGGAGGAGGUGAAAUCGCCUGAGAACGUAGCCAACCAGAUGCCACACACAAUAUCGCCACGAAGAACGAUGAGUGUGUAUGAAGGUAGAUUUAUGUUUUUUGUUUGAUGAAGAUUUAGUUAAUAUCGUUUUAAGAUACGCCUUACGAUCAAAGGUGGUUUCUGUAUUUCUUACUAAACUAUAAUAGUUUACAUUCGAAUAUAAUUUAGAUAACGUAUGUCAACAUUUUUCUUAUCAAUACCUAAAUUUUAAAUAUUUUGAUAAUAAUUUGUUGCUUUUCAGCUGGCUAUUCUCCGUAUAGAAGAUUCCACCAUGCUAGUGCUACCCAUCUCAACGAAAGCAGUAAGUUUACGAGCUUAACCUAUUUGUAUAUUGAUGUUGGUCUACUUAUUUUGUUUGAAAAGCUUGUUUUAUGUUAG